AUGCACGAGUGCAUCUCCAACGUCAAUUUGUUGCCGGGGAAAAGUAAUUUACAUCAUAGAUACUCAACACCACGGAUUUUCUUGAACAUCUAUUGAUCAUAGAACACAAUUGUCUCCAUUCUUCCGCAUUGAUGGGAAUUCUCACAUUCGAAAACUAUUUCCCGUGAAUUUGGCUUGAGCAUCCGACGAAUUUUGGAAAGAAUUUCCAGCUAUUACCUACCCCUCCAAGAUGUCUGAACUGCCCGAAGAUCUAGAAGUCAGAGUCGCAGUUGAGGGCAAGUACCUCCUCUUUCUCUAUCCGUAUGAACACAACACUAACACAUCCCAGCCUCCGAAAUCUUCACCCAAUCCUACUACCCCUCUCUCUCCCGGCCACACACCAUCAAAGACAUCCCCAGCUACUACGUCCCCCUCUCUCCCAGCUCGCCUCUUAAACCCUCCAUCUCACUCAACGGCAACCUCGUGACGGACCCUGCCUCUCUCCCCGCACUAUUUGAAAAGCAACCGCCCAAAACACACUACGAGGUGCAAUCCUUCGACUGCCACGUCCUCAACGCGAAUUUCAACAUUGGCGCACCCGAGGGCCUGCUGGAGCCGAACAACGCCGGCAAGAAAAUGAGUAUUGCGGUGACGGUUAGUGGGAGUGUGAGGUAUGGGGAGGGCGCGGACGUACAGGGGUUUAUGGAUAAUCUUGUGCUGGUGCCGAAUUGGGACGUGUAUGGGAAGCCGGCGAAGGGAAGGAGGAAGUGGAUUGUUAUGAGUCAGAAGUUUAGGGUUGUUGCUUGA